AUGGCUGAUGAACGCUCGCCGCUACUCUCCCGCUCCUCCUCCGGCGCCGGUGACGACUUCUUUUCAGACCCGCACAAACAGUUCUGCACCCUGGUCGGCGUACCGUCGUCCGCUCCCAACCCCAGUGACGGCAAGAAAGGCAAGAAAGGCUCAUACUCAUCGCCGUCCUUCACAGCCCCCAAAUCCCUGUACGCUCGGGCGACACGUCAACUCGGCAAACAGCGUUUCACCUACUACUUCACGGCCUCGCUGUCCAACACGCUGCUCCUGUCGCAAGUGGUCCUGGGUGCGGCGCUGACGGCGCUCGGGGCGUCGGAGUCGUCGCACAUUCUGAUCACGGUGUUUGGGGCCAUGAAUACCAUCAUCGCCGGGCUCGUGGCGUACUUGAAGUCGCGCGGCCAGCCCAUGCGGGCGCGUAUGUUCCGCGACGAUCUGGAACGUGUCGUCGACGAGAUUGAAAACUCCGAGAUCAUGUGGCUCGGCAUCACGCAGAAUGUCCACGGCUACGAUGAGAUCAACACUGAUGACCAUCAGGUCACCGUUCGCAGCGAGGUCGCCCGCCUCACCCGCCUCUUUGACCGGGCGGUCAGGACAAACACGGCCAAUAACCCGGAUAUGUACAUGGCCGGCACCGGAGGGUCCUAUGACCCUAGCAACGCGGCAUUGAGGACCAAGCCAGCCAUGGUCCCCGUGGUCCCGGUGGCUCAGCCUAACGUGCCCGUCCCGGUCUCUCUGCCGAUUACUGCAGCGGCCCCGCCCCCGCCUGUGGCUGUGGCGCCUGUGGUGGCUGUAGACCCUGGCGCGGCGGCGGGUGCCGUUAUAUCGGUGCCAGCACAGCAGACGCCGACGCCGACGCCGACACCGAUGCCGACUCCGAUGCCAGACCCCGACGAGAGUCCAGCUACUGCGGCCAAACUAAGGCCAGUGAAGGCAGAGCCGAAGAAGGAAGAGCCGAAGAAGGAUGAUGUGGAUAAAACCACAGAGAACGAGGUGAAGGAAGAGCCGAAGAAGGACGAUGUCGAUAAAACCAGAGAGAACGAGGAGGUGGGUGAUGGUAACAGUGAAGAUAGGGGUGGAAAUAGAGGUACAGACAAAGAGGGAGAUGAUACAGAUGGCACCAACCACCAAGAGGGUCGGAAAGCGCUUCGAAGCGAUAAAGACGAUCCUCAGACCGAAAUAGAGCACUCAGAUCAAGGUAAACAACAAGGCGAUCAACCGAGGCAAGCAGAGCAGCAUGUUCGAGACAAGGCAAUAGACGAAGAGAAGGCCAGUGGAGCAAGGAACGAGGCAAGUGGAAGUGGAAGUGGGAGUGGCAGUGGCAGUUCUUCUUCUACGAACCAUAGACAAGGGGACUCCUCGUCUUCGUCUUCGUCGUCGUCGUCGACUUCGCCUUCAGAACUCGAAGAGGAGGAGGGUGGAAGUAAAGCAACAUCAAAAUCGAAACCGUAUACCACUUCUCCGUCCGAGCAGCAGCAACAACAACCACAACCACCACCACCACAGCAGCAGCAACAACCACCACCACCACCACCACCACCACCACCACAACAACAACAACAACCACAGUUCGACCCUGAUGCGUCGCCGGCGACCGACCCCAAUGUCCCCAGGAAGAAAGCGUCUCCGACUCCCUGA